AUGGGGCCGGAUGCGGCCGGACAGGGCGGGCAGCAGCCGUCCUCCCCCCAGGAGAGGCCGCGUGGGGCCCCGCGUCUGCGCCCCCAGGUUCGCGUCCGGCCGUGGUGGUUUCCGGUGGAGGACAUGAGCCGCCCUCUGGGGUUCUACCUGGAGGCCUGGCUGGCAGAUCAGAUCUUCGGUGAGCGGCCAGGGCGGGCGAGGCCGCUGGGUCAGGCCCCCCACCCCCCACCGCCCCCCCAGCCCCCAGGGCGGCCCGGCCCUGGCCAGCCCUUCCCCCUGACCCCUGGCCCGACUCGUCCAGGUCCCCACCAAGCCGUGGUCUCCCAGCUGGCAUGGCGGAGUCGGGCCUUGGUGCACGUGAGCAAGGUGGCCCGCGGCACCGUGGCUGAGGUCUCCAUCUUGGGACGGCCUGCGGGGCAGAAUCGCGUGAAGAGCUUUCUCCUGAGCCUCGCAGCCCGGGGCGCAGAGCUCCAGGACCGGCCAGCUGAGAAGAUGCCUCAACCUGAAGAGUUCUUAAAGAGCCCUAAGUCAGGCGCAGACAUUCCCCAGCAUCCUGCUUAG